AUGUUCACCCACAACGGCGUAGAUUUUUGGUCUGGUGAUAUUGUUAACUUUAUGAAUGGUUCUACUUCAGCCCGUUUCCUAGUAGAAUCAUUCCAUACCAUGGAUAACUCAGCCGUUUUUGUUCAAGGCUACAUGGUUUAUAUUCUGGAAGGCGGUCAGUUCAUUGGCAUCGAAGUUGAAUCUACUAGCAUAAAGCUUGAAACUCUUCUUGGUGUUGACUCAACCCCUGUUGAUGUUGCCCUAUGCUACAGCGUCUCACCUGGAAAAGUCUUUCAUUUGAUUCCCAGGUACAAGUCCUUGCUGGAAGAGCCUCAUUUCCUAAAAUGGCACGUACUAGACGAAACCGGAAAGCCAAUCGAUCCAAAGUUGUUUUACAAGGUGAGAAUAUUGCCCAUUAUACUCUUCACCAACGACACCUCUGGAAACCGAUCAAAGCAAUAUAACCCAUAUGAAAGCUGGUCAAUGAAGUUUGCUGCUCUCUCCUAUGAAGAGAGGUCUUCAAUUGAAAACAUCCACUUUCUCUCUGCUAUUCCCAAGAAAAAGGGGGCAAGUGGGAUGUCCUUGUUGCCUAAAAUCGUUGAAGAUUUCAAAAGGCUCGAAAACGGACUGGUGAUGUUCUCUGCCAAAGACAACGAAAACGUCUUAGUAGCAUCACCACUCCUUUGGAUCGAGGCAGACACUCCAUGCCAUUCUGAACUAUGUGGUUUGCGCGUGCCGACAAGUCUGUACCCAUGCCGCAAAUGUUAUGUCCGUUUACAAAGAUUCAUGCCCAACCUCCAAAGCUCUUCGUAUUAUACUGGUAGACACACAGCAAGAACAAAGGCACACUAUCUUGCUGCUGCGUCUACCUCGGGACGUGGAUCGACUAUUCCAGAUGCUCCUUUGACUGGAAAUGCUCUGACAGCAAGCGACCUAUGCUUCGCAAAUAGGGCAACAGAUGCAUUGUUGGAACUACAGUCAUUCGAUCCAUCGACAGAUACUCCAGUUGAAGUUCUGCAUAACAUACUUCUUGGAGUUGCUAAGUAUCUAGUCAAUUAUUUGGUAAAAAUUGUACUAAAGAAAAAUCCUAACCAAAUGGCUAGAUUGUCCAAAGCCCUCAAGGAUUAUGAAAACUCUCAAGGAAUGUCAAGAAAGUUCACUCGAGAAGCAGUAAGAUAUGAUUAUAAUAUGUACAUCAACGAAGUUGAAAAGGCAGUUACAAGCCUUAUCCAAGAACUGCAUCAUUAUGACAUUACCUGUGAAGUCGAAGGACAUAAUCUGUAUUCCUCGAAGCCCAAGGUUCAUCUGCUCACACAUCUGCCCAACAAUCUACGAAGAUUUGGAACUGCUCUAUACUACGAGACUGAAAAAGAUGAGCAGUUUAACAAACACAUCCAUGAACACCUAAUGCAUACCAAUAGGUUAAACACCUCAAGAGAUCAAAAGCACUCUGACAAUACCUUUGUGGUGUUCAUGCUCAAGGAGAGUAGAGACCAACAUGCCCAUCCAUUUAUUGGAAAGGUCUCCUCUUUGGGAGUAGAACACUAUUGA